AUGGCGCUGCGGCGGGGCGGCGGCGGCGGCGGCGGCGGGGCGCUGGGGCGGCUGCUGCUCUUGCUCAGUGCCGCGUGCCUGAUCCCGCGGGGCGCGCAGGUGAGGCGGCUGGCGCGCUGCCCCGCCACUUGCAGCUGUACCAAGGAGUCCAUCAUCUGCGUGGGCUCCUCCUGGGUGCCCAGGAUCGUGCCGGGCGACAUCAGCUCCCUGAGCCUGGUAAAUGGAACAUUUUCAGAAAUCAAGGACCGAAUGUUUUCCCAUCUGCCUUCGCUGCAGUUGCUAUUGCUGAAUUCUAACUUUACCGUCAUCCGGGAUGAUGCUUUUGCUGGACUUUUCCAUCUUGAAUACCUUUUUCUUCCCGGAACAAAAAUAGAAACCAUUUCAAGAAAUGCAUUUCGUGGUCUCCGGGACCUGACUCACCUUUCUUUGGCCAAUAACCACAUAAAAGCACUCCCAAGGGAUGUCUUCAGUGAUUUAGACUCUCUGAUUGAACUCGAUUUAAGGGGCAAUAAAUUCGAAUGUGACUGCAAAGCCAAGUGGUUGUAUUUGUGGUUGAAGAUGACCAAUUCCACUGUCUCCGAUGUCCUCUGUAUCGGUCCACCAGAAUACCAGGAAAAGAAGCUAAAUGAUGUGCCCAGCUUCGACUACGAAUGUACCACUACAGAUUUUGUUGUUCAUCAGACUUUGCCCUACCAGUCGGUUUCGGUGGAUACGUUCAACUCCAAGAAUGACGUGUAUGUGGCCAUCGCUCAGCCCAGCAUGGAGAACUGCAUGGUGCUGGAGUGGGACCACAUCGAAAUGAAUUUCCGGAGCUAUGACAACAUUACAGGUCAGUCCAUUGUGGGCUGUAAGGCCAUCCUCAUCGACGACCAGGUUUUCGUGGUGGUGGCCCAGCUCUUCGGCGGCUCUCACAUCUACAAAUACGACGAGAGCUGGACCAAGUUUGUCAAAUUCCAGGACAUUGAAGUCUCUCGCAUUUCGAAGCCCAACGACAUCGAGCUGUUUCAGAUUGAGGACGAGACGUUCUUCAUCAUCGCAGAUAGCUCUAAAGCUGGUCUGUCCACGGUGUAUAAAUGGAACACCAAAGGGUUCUACUCCUACCAGUCUCUGCACGAGUGGUUCAGGGACACGGAUGCAGAAUUUGUUGACAUAGACGGGAAGUCGCACCUGAUUCUGUCCAGCCGCUCCCAGGUCCCCAUCAUCCUCCAGUGGAAUAAAAGCUCUAAGAAGUUUGUCCCCCACAGUGAUAUCCCCAACAUGGAGGACGUACUGGCCGUGAAGAGCUUUAGGAUGCAGAAUGCCCUCUACCUUUCCCUCACCCGCUUCAUCGGGGACUCCAGGGUCAUGACGUGGAACAGUAAGCAGUUUGUGGAGAUCCAGGCUCUUCCAUCCCGGGGGGCCAUGACACUGCAGCCCUUUUCUUUUAAAGAUAAUCACUACCUGGCCCUGGGGAGUGACUAUACAUUCUCCCAGAUCUACCAGUGGGAUAAAGAAAAGCAGCUAUUCAAAAAAUUCAAGGAGAUUUAUGUGCAGGCACCUCGUUCCUUCACAGCUGUCUCCACUGACAGGAGAGAUUUCUUUUUUGCAUCCAGUUUCAAAGGGAAAACAAAGAUUUUUGAACAUAUAGUCGUUGACUUAAGUUUGUGAAGAGGUGACUGGUGAAUUUAAGAGACACAUAGUGCUAGCUUUCACAAGAGAGGCCCGAGAAACAAACACAAGGCCAAGUUCAGAGCUCCGCAAUUAAAAACGCACUGGGGAAAUAGAAAUUUUCAACAUUUUAGAACUCACAUUUCAAUCAGGGAUUGCUUUUAUUGGCUAACUGCAUGACAUGUCCAUUCUCCCAUUUCAAAAGACAUCUUAAAGCCUGUUAUCUCUGAGAAAAGAGUGGAGCAUUAACUCUUACCAUCUAGAAAAGUAAUGUGCUUUUUUCUUUUUCUUUUUUUUUUAAUGAGGAAGGAGGAAAUCGGAUAAGAUGGGGCGGUUCUUAUGAUGAAAUUAAAAAAAAAACAAACCACCAAACUAUGGGCCCUUCUCAUUCCAUUUCAGCAAUCUUGUUGGGUAAGAAUGCUUAAAGCCAAAGUCAGCUGAAAAAAUUUGCUGAUGAUUCAUUUAAAAAUCUGAUAACACUCAGCAAUACUAUUUUGAGUCAUUUCAGUUUCCUGAAUGCCCCUUCAUAGCAGAACGUUGGCUGUUUCAUUGGCUCGGGCGAUGCUCGUGAUGGGGGGUGUUCACAAAAUAACGUUGGGCGUUGCUUCCUUUGCCACAAAGAAAAUACUCUGCUGACACGCGUCCAGGCCCAGCAUGGGCCAUAGGCCCAUGAGUGAGACAAAGGCGGUUUCCCCUCUUCCUUGUAGUUCAGAGCCCACCCCGUGGCGCCUGGAGCAAUAUUGCUUUUAGAUGCCCUCCAUGACUUGGCUGCUUCCCUGAACCCAUUCUUUGAAUUUGUGGGUAACCAGCAGACAGGCCAAAGACUGAACGGUGCUUUUCAUCCCAUCCUUUAAAGCAAUAGAACAGGGCUUUCCAGCUGAUGAGCAUUCGGUAGAAUUUCUGAAGCAAGAUUUUGUGGGAUCAAAGAGGACUUUACACAAGUCUCGUUGUACUUUGAAACCUAGAGGUGGCCCUUUGAUUUGUGCAUGUCUGUGCCCUCUGGGCAGCUUCCUGUUUCGAGUCAUUGAGUACCAGCCUACCUUCCUGCCUCCCUGCCUUCCUCCCUACUCCUACGUCGGUCCUGCUUUGUUGAUGUGCUGUUGCUGCCGCCGCCAAUGCGGACAGGCUGGGGCACCACAUUGCAGAACCCAGGGUGCUCCUGACACCGGUGCCCCUUCCUUUCCCAGUAGUUUAGCCGAGGAAAACCCCCUGGGGCUCACACCCUGACGUGGGACCACAUACUGGCAGGGGGCUCAUCCUGAAUAGGCUGGGGCGGGGAGGGGGGCGGGCUCGGGCUGAUCACUGGGGACCAGCUUUGGAGCUAGACACACAGCAUCCCACAGACCAGGUCUGCGCUCAGGGGGCCAGAGGGUCUAUUUCAAACUGGCCUUCUCUGGUGUGGAUUAUUGGGAAGCCCAUGGGGUCUGGUUUUGUGGAAGCUUCCCAGUGGAUGCUCUGCCUAAUUAGCUGGUUCUCUUGAAGUGGAUUUUAGGAGUGACUCUGAAAGAGCCCCCCAACAGCAUCUCUGGUAGCCCCCAAGUCAGCACAAUCAUGUUGUACUGGAGUGUUAUUUUUUAAUGAUCAUUUGCCAAGUCAUGAGUUGGUAGAUGUUUUGCCGCAGAUCUGAGCACGGUGUUGUUUCGGGUUGAAGCGAUGCAGAUCAAGGCAAUGAGUAGCCUCGAUGCUGGCUACAUUCGGAACUGCAGACUGCGGGCUUCCAGCCUCAGACACCGGGGAUUUUAAAGAACUCGGUCACCCACACGGAGUAUAGCGUUGCUGCUUGAAGCUUUCCAGUAGGCACCAACCGAACAGGAGAAAAGUGGCUUGUUUUCAUUUUUGAAGCAUCAAAAUCCAGAUUCUUUUGCCUUCCCGGUUGAUUUGCAUUGACUGCAAAUGCCCAGAUCCCUGCAUCAUCGGUGGCUGAAAGUGGGACAGCUCUGCUAUUCCUCUGGCUGUUGAGAUGGGCAAGCAAUUCUUUCUGGCACAUGGAACCCCUCAGGCAAGCCUGGGCGGAAAAACAGGCCCUUGGCAAACAAGGUAGGGGGCAUUUCGGCAGCCCUAGCACUUGUGCGAGCUCGAAAUGAUGUUCCCGAGUCCAGCCACUUGUUGAGAAGGCAACCUGGGCAUCUUUUCGCAGGGCUGCCCAUGGGGAAGCAUCACUGGCUCCACAGCUUCCCCUCUGAGGGGGUAAGUGGCUGGAGAAACCGUUGGCAUUCACCGUUUCCAAUAAUGAAUCUGGGAAACUGGGAAGCCCGGGGUAUGGGGCUGGGGACAGGGGUGCUUGCUGAGUCCAAGGGAGACAUUGGCCGGUGGAAGAAAGAUCUAAGGAACCGUAGGUGAGGUGAGGGCAAGAGGGCGGGUAGUCCAUGCGGCUGCAGCCAGGUUCUCUUUUCCUUCUUAAGAAAUUAGACAAGAUCAGAAUCUGCAGCCUCCAAGAGUCUCGGCACCGAGGGAGGAGGUAUUUGUUCUGGCCGGCUUGCUAAAGGAGCAUAGAUGUUCUUGGCGUGAGGUGGUGGAAGCUUUGCUUCAUUAAUCUCACUGCUUCAUCCCAAGAAUCCCUCCAGUUUUAAACAAUUUCUGCAAGAAGGUUUUCCCAGUAAUAAUGUAAGACAAAAGAACACCACCAACAACAAAACCCCCCAAACCCCAACAACAACAACAGAAACCCAAGGCAGAGAGACACGUGGGGCCAUCACCUGUGGAGCGAGUUCUGGGAAGGGCUGCUCUCGUCCAUUCCUUUCCCAUCACCCAUGGGUUGCCUUCUUGCUAGCUUGUUUCUUCUUUACAGUCUCUGUGGCUAGGGCUAAGUCCCCCCACGUAGCCAAGUGGCCACACCACACAGCCUUAAAGCGUGGGAUCAGGAACCGAUCUCUCACGAAGACUAAAAACGAGCCUUUGGUGUGAAGGCAGGGUGUUCUCGGGCAACGGAUAAUAAGCCCACCCUGCAUUUCAGCAAAGCUUUAUGUUCUUUCAGUGUACAUUUGUGUCCAUCUCAUUUGUUCAUAAAUAGUUCAGUUUAUUGGUGGGCGGGUAUUCUAAUUUCAGGAGAAUGAAAUCGGCGUAAAAAAUCUAAGUCAGUUGCCUGCUCGAGAUUAUCCAGUAGUGAGGCAAAAGCAGAGCUUUGCCCCUGCACAGCGGGCUUUGUAUUUUCUUUGUGAUACUCUGACAUGCCUUCCAAAUGAAGACUUUUUUCUCAUGAUUCAGAAUAUAGCAGUACCUUGAGAUAAAAUAAAAAAUACAACAAAUUAUGCAUAGCCAGAAGGAAAAUAGAGUUGAAUAGACACCAUCUCAUCAGCUGGUCCCUUUAACAAUUAAACGCUACGGGAUCGCUAUUACACGUGAGGCCCCACUCUUGAAAGUCUUCCAGAAAUUUCAGAUAGUGUUCUGCUCUAAAGAGGAUUUCUAGCCGGCAGGGCUGCUUCUCCACACACUCCCCCCGACCCCAAUAGCGAUGGGGCGAUGUUGAGGUUGAGACACAUCUGGUUCUUGUCACAAUGUCCACAAGAUAAACAAGAGAGUUCUAUCAGGGAACAACUAAAAACUCGAAUGCACAAGUGAUGAUGAAUUGCUCCGGGUCAUAAUCAGCCUUUGGGGAGCACGCUGAAAAUGCCAGUGUUGCAUUUUUCUUCCCCAUGGAUUGAGAGGCUGUGUAUUUUUAGGAAAGAAAUCAGCGUGGGAUGCUGGAGGUUUGGCUGCCAGGAACACUCACGAUGGAAAUUUCUCUGACCUGGGGUAUAAUGAAAGAGAGAUGAAGGUCUGCAGGAGGGGAGUCUAUCUGCAUGCCACCUAAAGAAAAUCUCUUUAGCCAGCUUCCUGAUUCUUCCGAAAAGGUGUCAGCCCCUCUUCUGCAGUUUUGGAAGAGAGUUCUUUAAUUAGGCAGUGGCCAAAGAUUCUGUUGAGCAGGGCUCUGAAGUGGAAUGCAAUAAUCUAGUUGUUGACGCUGUGAGUAAGGUGGUCCAGACUUAGGACAGUCUAAAGGGAAUGGGCAGAAAAGCAGGGCAGAUGGCUGUGGAGGAAACUCUUUUGGGAAAGUAGAAAUAAACUGGAAGAAAAAAAGAUCAUCAUGAUUUCCUUUGCCUCAGCCAGGCAAGUAGAGGGUGGACCAACUAGGCAAAUUAACAGCCAGUUAUUAACGAAGAGAGCCCAUUGUAAUGCUAAUUGAAAUAAGAAUUGUGUUGUAAAACUACUGAGAUCUAAACCUAGCGAGGCACUCUUAUCCUUAACAUUAUUCCAUUACUUGUAUCAGAAUCUACCUUUUUCUCUAGUAGGAAACUAUGCAUUCCCUAUCAAUCCCUUUGACUAUCAGGAAUGUAUAAGAACUGUGAUAAAAUAAGCCAAUAUGCCAUUUGGUACCAUUUUUAUGUAUCUUAGAUGCAUAACUUAGGUAAAAUAAGAAUAAUUUAUAUGUAUAUGAAAGCAAAUUUUGCAGUAUGCAAGCUACAAUGGAUGCAUUUAAAGGCUGGAUAUAUAUUUAGCUCUUUUUUGGUAAAUACAGUUAACAAACAACAUGCCUCUUAAUUCGAUAUAUUCUGUAAGUCUAUGAAUAAAAAGUAGCUCACGCCUAA